AUGGAAACAGUCACCACGGCCCUCCAAAAUGUAAAUCUGAACCAGAUCCCAGUCUAUCUCCUCAAGACAAAAUCCACCCCGACAGACACCUACGAGGAAUACUUCGCCUCUCUCCAGAAUGGGAAAUACAAACCCAUCUUCCUCCCGGUACUAGAACACCAAUUCCGCGACGACACCCUCCGGACGCUGCGUCGGUCCGCGGAACGCUUCGCCUUCGCCGGGGGAAGCGAAGCCACCGCCCGCCAGAAAGCCACCCACAACCCGGCCAAGAGAUACGGCGGCAUCAUCUUCACGUCGCAACGCGCCGUCGAGGCCUUCGGGUCCGUCGUGGCGAAACUGGAGCCCGGGAAGCGGGAGAUGUUGUUUGACGGGGGAAUGCCCAUGUAUGUGGUGGGACCCGCGACGGCCAAGGGGGUGCGGGCGUUGGGGUUGCCGUGUCCCGUGGUGGGGGAGGGGACGGGGAAUGGAGAGGCGCUGGCGAGGUUUAUACAGGAGUAUCACGCGGGUCUCGCCCCGGAAGUGACGCAUCUGGAGGGGAGGAAAUUGCCGCUUCUGUUCUUGGUCGGGGAGCAGCGGAGGGAUAUCAUUCCCAAGACGUUGCAAUCGGAAGAGCUCCCGGAGGCGGAGCGCAUCCCCGUCAUGGAAGUGGUGGUCUACGAGACGGGAGAGAUGGCGACGUUCGAGGAGGACUUCACCGAAUUGUUGAAAGCCGCAAGGGCGGCCAAGGUCAGGGAGCAGUGGGCUGUUGUCUUCAGUCCGCAGGGCUGCGAGGCCAUGCUGAGCGCUCUGAACUGGCUGGACGAGAAGGGAGGCAUGUAUAAUGCCGGCAGGCGAGAACUCAUGUCGGGAUCUCUCGCCACUCGCGUUGCCACCAUUGGACCCACGACGAAAGACUUCCUGCAGACGCAAUUCGGCUUCGAGCCAGACGUAUGCGCCGAGACACCGAGCCCAGAAGGCGUUGGAGAAGGCAUUGUGAAUUAUAAAAGUACGUAGUGUAUACCGAGAUACCCAUAGAGAGUCCAUUGAAAGUCUUUUGCUCCAGGCUCGACUUCUCGUCUGUGA